AAAAUAGGGACAGUGUGGUAUAUAAGGCACACUGCAAAGCCAUCUCAUCAGAUUACACUUAACCUGCCACAGAGAUACAACCUGACAACUACCAGUAAGGCUGCAGUUCAGUCAUCAUCAUGAAGAUCUGGAUUGUAUCUGUGCUGCUGUGUGCUGCCUUUGUUCUGCAGACCACAGAGGGAGCAGUUGUGGCUGAACGUGAGCAGAAUUUGAAUGAAAUUCCAGUAGAAAGUCUAAAGGCUGAAAAUGGAGCGGAAGAUCUCUCUCUAGGAGGGGAAGCUGGUGAACUGAGUGUUGAGGAGCUGGUUGCUGCAGCUGAUGAUGAGAGACAAGACAGUGGACCAGUGAACUUGAUUGCAGAUCGGGCAGUGCUCUGUCCACCUGGCUGGUUUAGACACGGAUCACGCUGUUUUCUGCUUGUGAAGACAACAAUGACAUGGCUUAGUGCUGAGAGCCACUGUGUGAAUAACCAGGCUAGUCUGGCUUCUGUGCGGAAUCCUGAUGAAUAUAACUUCCUCCAGAGUUUGCUUACAAUCGCUGGUAUAUCAACUGCUUGGAUUGGUGCUUACAACUUUCAGAGCACAUGGAUGUGGAUUGACAGGGCAGGAUUCUUCUACACUAACUGGCAGUCACUGAGCAGCGUGUCCAGCUACCCCUGCGCCUACAUGAGAUCCACUGCUGGCUGGGCAAACACAAACUGUGGAAGUGGAUAUGCCUUUUUCUGUUCUGUGACCCUACAACCUGCUGAAGAUCACAUAUGUACAUUUCCAUCAAAAUGAAGGAAUAUCAUUUGACCCCUAACUGUAAAUAGACUUACUAUAUGUCAACAUGAAAAGUACUAAUGUAUGUAUAGUUUUGCAUUUGUUCUGAGAAUAUUUGGUUGACUGAUGUGUUUAUGUUAUCA